CAGCUUUCCGGGUCAUGUGGCCAGAAAGACUAAACCACUUCUGGCAGAACAAAAACACUGUGACAGAAGCCGGAGCACACAGAAAAAUCCAAGAAGACAGGAAAGAGCAAGAAUCACUCUCAGAGAGAACUAAAGAUAAUUGUAGCUGCUUAUUGUUGACAUUACCGAUGUCUGCUUUGUGUUGUUGCCGGGAUGUCAGAGGACAAAUAUCAGUCUGCAAGCUGAGAAGAUCAACUCUGCUUUUGCCUCACCAGCAGACAUACCUGAGACUCCCUCCACAAUCAGACAGAAAAGUUAAAGAAGACACUUGCAGAAGCCUCAAGAUCCUUCUCGUAUUCAAGCUGUUAAUCUACUCUUCCUUUGGCACUUUGAGUCAAGCAGCAGAGAAUCCGACCUAUCACGUGAAUGGGAUCCUGGGAGGAUCGGUAUUCCUUUCUUUAAAUGCACCCCCAGCCAAAAAAGUGGUCAAAAUUGAAUGGGCCUUCCACCCCACAUCUGGGGAUUCAUACCUGCUUGGUGAGUUCAGGGAUGGAAAACUGGAUCAGUCAAAUUUCAGGAGCCAGUAUGAACAACAGAUGGAAACUGGUGAUGCCGUUGCAUUGAGGAUCAAGAACUUCGCAAUGGUUGAUGAGACCACACUGAGCAUCAAGAACCUGACAAUGAAGCACAGUGGUCUCUAUGAAGCUCGUGCCUGGAUUAACUCUGCGCUGUUCCAAGAACACCACUUCAUCCUCACUGUUUAUGAGCCAGUGCCAAGACCAUGGAUACAACAUAAGGUACAAUCCAAGACUCCAGAAGGCUGCAAUGUGUCCUUACAGUGCCAGGCACCUGUAAAGGAGGAGUACACGAUCUCCUGGAAAAGAGGGAAUCCCCCCAGGGUCUUAGUAGGAGGUUUGGAUAAGUACUGGCUUUCUGACAAUGGAAGGAAUCUCCACGUCUCCUGGCGAAAAAGCUCUUCUGACUCCACAUUCACUUGCCUGGUCAGCAAUCCUGUUGAUCGAAACCGUGCCUCAUUUGACUUGCUCAGAAUUUGUGCAAGUGGGGAAGGUGGACAACAAAAGUACUGGGGGAUCCUGCCGCUUCUCGUCUGUGCUGUUGGAACUUCUGCAUGUUUGAUAAUGAUAUGGAAGAAGAAGAAGUUGGGAAAGAAGAAAGAUGCUGCUUCUGUGAUGCAAGCUCAAGAGGGCUCUCCUGCGCCCUUGCUCAGAGGAGACCCCCCAAAAGAUGGUGAUGACCAACUGAGAUGAGCAUGCACAGUAAGGAAGGCUGGAGGACCGGGUAAGAUGUUUGGAAGUCACGUAAUACUAUGGCAUUAUUUUUUAACAUUUGCUAGUACUACUAGGAGUAGUCAGGGCUUCUUCUUUUUUUUUCCAGCCAGAACGCUCUGGAACAGAGUUAAUUUAUCCACUCACCUUGAAACACCAUUGCAGGGGGUUGGAACAAAUGACGCUCAAGAUCACUUCCAACUCUUCAAUUCUAUGAUUCAAAUCAUCUGAGAGGAGUGGUUGGC